AGGUCGCAUGUUGGCUCGCAUCGUCGGGGAAUGGCGCGAGAAGAACGAGGAACGCGUCGCUUCUCCCCGCUAAUCGAACGAACGACAUCGAAGCUAGAGAUCGCCGCCAGCGAGGGACACUCGCGAACCUGAGGGACUGCGCUCGGCUCGGCUCGACCACUUACUGCUUUGCUCGAUCGCGCGAUGGGCCCGUUCUCGUCACCGUUGUUGCUGUCGUCGCCGUCGUGGUGGUCGUCGUCAUCGCCGAUCUCGCCGCCGCCGUGAUUGCAAGCGAACCGUGCAGCCCGACGAACUAAAACGAGAAAGGCGAGGAGAAGGAGAUAUCUGGAACCUUGGGAACCCUCGGCCAAGGCGGACGCCCGAAUUUUUGAGCAGAGAAGCGCCGCACCGUGUUCAGGCUGCGCAUCAUGUUUGGAACGAAAUUGCGCACGUGGAUGGAAGCACACAUCGUGCGAUCGAAAAAGAAGAAGGACCGAAAGGGGAAAGGAGAAAAGGCAUUCGACUCAAAUUCCAAUUCUCCUCGGAAUCACAGGUCUGCCGCGUUGCACCAAGUUCAUCCGGUAGACUCGCCAUCGAGAAACGUGGACGGGACUCUUCGAUUACACGGCGAGGGUGGCAAUCGAUGCGGUACAGCGACCGCGUCCUCGGCUACGUCCGCUGGAACGGGCAGCGUGAAUCUUUCCUCUCCGGAGAGCGCCUACAGUACCGGGUACUCGACGGACGGCACGUCACCGGGUACCAGCUAUCCACCGGAAUAUUACAUCAACAUCAGGACCGGCACGCAUUACUUUCAAAGUACCAACGCCAACAACGCCAAUGCCAACGCCGACGCUGGCAUAGCUGCGCUUAUCGCGAUCGAACCGUCGGAUUUGUUAUCGGUUGCCGCCGCUGCUUCUUUGCUCUCUAGACGCGGCAGACAUGGAAGGUUCGAGGGUAACGGCGAACCUUCCGCCUCCGGAUCUAGCAGCGCGUUCUCCUCCGCAACCAUAACCAUGAGCAACAACAACGAGUCGGCGAAACACGUCGCUCGAUCCUGCAACAAAUACGGGACUGGUAGCAAGGUAUCGACACGGCGGACGUUGCACAGCUUCGCCAAACAAAUCAGCGGCGAUCGCCUUCCGGACGAGGAUCAUCCUCUCUCGACGCAGCGAACCGUGCUCUCGAAGGAGAGGCGGACCGGCUCCUUCUCCGCCGAGUCCUCGAGAAGCAAUUUAACGAUACCGCCGCCGCCACCACCACCACCGCCACCACCACCUUCCUCCGCUGAACCUCGACGACAACAGCACCGGCUGCUCGGUCCUCAAGCUCGCAGAGUCGUCCGGAAGCGCGAGCGACGUCAACGCGAGCAGCAGCUGCGCGCGGGUAGGACGGGCCAGACGGGAGCUGAAACAGGAGAGUCUCAGCGCCGGAAGGAGUCCGUUAGUAGUCCCAAAAUUCUCCGUCUAUUUUCGAUCGCGAAUAUACAGAGUGAAACUCUACCAAAGGGAAGCCAUAGAUUGCAACGUAAUAGUUGCCUUGAAAAAUGGCAAGAAAGUUUAACCUAA